CUAGCAGGCUUUAUUUCUAAGGCUUUAUUAUCACCGCUGGACCGGAAUCCGCUCACCACCGCGCUCCGGUGUCAUCGGACCAACACCACUGUUUGUUCCCCUCACAACAAGCAGAGUCAGACGACAAGCUGAAUCCACGCGUUGGGGUCCAUGCGAGCUGCCGUCUGAGCCCACACGCACACUUCUAAAUGAGGCAGGAGAUGAUGGCGGAUGGGCCCCGGUGCAAGCGGCGAAAACAGGCCAACCCGAGACGGAAAAACGCAGCUCUCAACUACGAGAAUGUGGUGGAGACCAGCUCGGAGACAGAGGAGGACGACAAGCUGCAGGUGUCCGAGGAAGACCCGCUGAUCAACGGCACUGGUAGCCCGGCCAGCCUCGUCAACGCGGACGCCUCACCGUGCGCCGAGAGCCACGGGCUGCCCACCAAAGAGGAGGAGGACGACGAAAUGCGGGACAGUGGAGUGGAGCACAUCUGGCCCGACAGCGACAUGCUGAGUGCAUCAGUGGAUGGUACCGAUGAAAUAAAAGAUUUCGACACUUUGGGCCCUGAUGCCACUUUGCAAAUAGCAGGAAAUGGUACAGUCAAGAGCAUCAAUUGCACUUCAGAGUUCGAGGACUUUUUUGCCAAGAGAAAGCGUGGCGACAGCGACAGCCACGUGGUGAGCAUCGCUGAGUAUCUCCAGCGAGGCGAUACCGCUAUCAUCUACCCAGAAGCCCCCGAGGAGCUGUCCCGACUUGGGACACCGGAGGCAGUGGGGCCAGAGGAAAACGACCUGCCACCUGGAACGCCAGAUGCCUUCGCCCAACUGUUGACCUGCCCCUACUGCGACCGGGGCUACAAGCGCUUGACAUCACUGAAGGAGCACAUCAAGUACCGCCAUGAGAAGAAUGAGGAGAACUUCGCCUGCCCGCUGUGCAGCUACACGUUCGCCUACCGCACUCAGCUCGAGCGACAUAUGGCCACGCACAAGCCUGCGAGGGAUCAGCACCAACUGUUGAACCAAGCAGCCGGCAACCGCAAGUUCAAAUGCACUGAGUGCGGUAAGGCCUUCAAGUACAAGCACCACCUGAAGGAACACCUCCGCAUCCACAGUGGUGAAAAACCAUACGAAUGCCCCAACUGUAAGAAGCGCUUCUCGCACUCGGGAUCUUACAGUUCGCACAUCAGCAGCAAAAAGUGCAUUGGCUUGAUCGCCGUCAACGGCAGGAUGCGUGGCACCAUGAAGACGGGCUCCUCCCCCACCUCGGCCUCCUCCUCCCCCACAAACACUGCCAUCAGCCAGCUGCGGCAAAAGCUAGAGAACGGCAAGCCAGUGGGCCUCGCUGACCACAACAACCACCUGAGCAUCAAGACAGAGCCACUUGACUUCAACGACUAUAAGCUGAUGAUGGCCUCGCAUGGAUUCAGUGCUCCCGGGCCUUUCAUGAAUGGUGGAGUUGGAGGCAACAGUCCACUGGGUGUUCACCACAACUCAACAGCCCAAAGCCCUCUGCAGCACCUGAGUAUGCACGGGCUGGAGUCGCAGCUUCUUGGCUACCCAAACCCUCUGAUUAACAACCUGAGCGAGGUGCAAAAGGUCCUCCAGAUUGUAGACAACACAGUGUGCAGGCAGAAAAUGGACUGCAAACCGGAGGAGCUGUCCAAGCUCACAGCCUAUAUGAAGGAAUUAGGCACACAGGUGGAGGAGCAAAAACAGGGCCUGACAUCGGCAAGUGGGCCACAGGUCAGUCUUCCACUAGUCAAUCACAACGGCGCCACCAAAAGCAUCAUAGACUACACACUCGAGAAGGUCAAUGAAGCCAAAGCCUGUCUCCAGAGCUUGACCACAGACUCAAAGAGACAGAUCAACAAUAUCAAACACGAGAAAUCCAACCACAUGCUGGAAAGUGGCAUGGAGGAAAAGGCAUCAGAGAACAUGUUCACGCCAUAUGCGUGUCAGUAUUGCAAAGAAACUUUCCCGGGUCCCAUCCCUCUCCACCAACAUGAGCGCUACUUGUGUAAAAUGAAUGAGGAGAUCAAAGCUGUGCUCCAACCCAAUGAGAAUCUGAUGCCCAACAAACAUAUAUUCAUGGAGAAGAAUGCUCAUCUGACAUCUUCCAUUUUGACUGAAAAGGGACUGACAGGCUCCCUUCACCCCUACAGGGACCACAUGUCUGUGCUCAAGGCAUAUUUUGCCAUGAACAUGGAGCCCAACUCUGAAGAGCUGCUCAAGAUCUCGAUUGCCGUCGGCCUUCCUCAGGAAUUCGUCAAGCAAUGGUUUGAUCAGCGGAAGAUGUUUCCAUACGGCAGCACCAGAACGCCGCCGCUUGAGCACAAGAGCGGCACGGAAAUGGUUGUCGGGACGAACAACCACCACACUUCCCCUAAAGACUCUCUGAUGGCGCGGUCGCCAAUGUCUCUAAUCAAACCAGGCGACUGCAUCACAUCCCCAGCUAUUGCUGAGCUCCACAACAACUGUGACAACUCCCUCAGACAUUUGAAAAACCACCAGUUUGGCGACGCGAAGGCCACAGGUGACAAAUUGGACCAUUCCCGAAGCAACACUCCCUCUCCGCUAAACCUGUCGUCGACAUCCUCCAAACAUUCGCACAGCAGUUCUUACACCCCGAACAGCUUGGUGUCCGAGGACCUGCAGGCCGAGCCGCUCGACCUUUCGCUUCCACGACUCAUCAAGGAACCUAAGCACGCGCUGACCGUGAAGAGCCGUCCAAAAGUCAACAGUAUUACAGUCGAGCUUAGCAGUGUCCCCUCGCCACGCGAGCACUUUGAGGAGCCUCUGAACCUAGCCUAUCUCAAGAAGGAGUUCUCCGCCUCCGCCACCAAUGGCAAUUUGGAGAAAAGCACUAGCCCCAUCUUUGGCAUUAACCCCUUUGCCGCCAAACCCAUGUACACGUCACUUCCCCCUCAGAGCGCUUUUCCACCGGCCACAUUCAUGCCACCAAUGCAGGCCAGCAUCCCAGGACUCAGGCCCUACCCCGGCAUGGAACAGAUGGGUUUCCUACCACACAUGGCGUACACAUACGCAGCUGGCGCCGCUACCUUUGCUGAGAUGCAACAGCGGAGAAAGUAUCAGCGGAAACAUGGUUUCCAGGGCGACCUACUUGACGCUACAGCCGAUUACAUGUCAGGGCUGGACGACAUGACAGACCCCGAUUCCUGUCUGUCGCGGAAGAAGAUUAAGAAGACUGAAAGUGGUAUGUACGCGUGUGACUUGUGCGACAAAACAUUCCAGAAGAGCAGUUCCCUUCUCAGACACAAAUAUGAACACACAGGCAAGCGGCCGCACCAAUGUCAGAUCUGCAAAAAGGCCUUCAAACACAAGCACCAUCUCAUUGAGCACUCACGCUUGCACUCGGGCGAGAAGCCCUACCAGUGCGACAAGUGCGGCAAAAGGUUCUCGCACUCGGGCUCGUACUCGCAGCACAUGAACCAUCGCUACUCCUACUGCAAGCGCGAGGCGGAGGAGCGCGAGGCGGCCGAGAGAGAGGCCCGCGAGAAGGGCCAUCUGGAGCCUACGGAGCUGCUGAUGAGCCGGGCCUACUUGCAGGGAAUCACUCCUCAGGGUUACCCGGAGCUGGCGGAGCGUGAGGCCAUCUUGCGGCACGACGGCGUGAAUGGAGGGAUCAUAGAGGGACGCAAGGAAGUGGAUGAAGAAUAUGUGAAGAUGGGACGCAGGGAGGAUGAGUUUGAGUUUGAGGAGGAGGAGGAGAGCAAGAGCAUGGACACGGACCCGGACACGUUGAGGGACGAAGAGGAGAACGGAGAGCACUCGAUGGACGAUAGCUCGCUGGAUGGCAAAAUGGAAACCAAAUCGGAUCGCGAGGACACGAUGGAGGACGCCAUGUAGUGGUCUCUCCGUGGGAAACGUUUGACGUUUCUUCCGGUUCAGUAUUCUUACCUGCUCGGUUUAAGACUGGAUGUUUUAAACCGUACGUGCACGUGCCUGAAGCUUCCGGGAAGCUUUGACCGCUAAAUCAAUGAGGCAGCGGCAUUGAAGGGAGGGGGAGGGGUUUGUGACUGAAGCCGCAUUAUGCAAACCCAACAAAGAAUAAAUUCAUCUGGAAAAAUGUACAGUCCUAAGGCCUAUACAUGAGUGUGGUGCUAACCUCCCCCUGCCCGUGUUCCAUAGUAUUUAUAGCACAAAAAAAAAAAAAACAGUGACUUGUACAAAUUGCACUCCGCUUCUAUAAUCAUGAAGAAAAAAAAAGAAAAAAGAAAGUGUUGCCUAUGUAUAUAUUUAUACGGGGUUGGAACAAGAGCAGCGGGGUCUGCGUACCCCCUUUAGCCCUUUGGUGUUUGUCGUCACCCACCUUUGGUUCCACCACCUGCGGCCACACUGUGUCAGGCCUCCAAUCAUUAAGACUGUGAAGGAUAUGGGUCAAAGAGGAGGAGGAGGAGGAGGAGGAAGAUGAUGAGCUUGUGGCGCGUCCGUCUUAAGGGAAAUUGUGGGUUCUGGACGCUUCGGGAUAGGGGGAUGAAAUGAAGGAUGAAGCCUUUGAGGUGUUUUAUGAAAAAGAAGCCUUAUAUGCAAACCUUUUAACCUGUGUGUUUUCUGCAAGUGCCACCCUCGUAUUGUGUCAAAGGAAGGUUACUUUUUUUCACCAGCUUCAGUAUUAUGGGAUGGUUUACCAUUGUUCUCUGCGGCACCCGUGUCAGUAUUAAGACUCUAGGCAGCAGUUACUUAGUUUACAUUAUGUUGUGCAAUGUUUCUUUGUCAGUAUUACACCAAACCUUUUUUUCUUUUCUUUUUGGAAAACAACAAAUUGCAUUCAUUUUAUUUGUAGGUUGGAAAAAAAACAAACUUAUUUAUGUGGCCCAUUUUAUAUUUCCUAAUUUUAUUUAUUUCAUACUGUUGUGUACAGUACUAUAGGUCUUCAAUAUAUAGAUAUAUUUUAGUAAAAAGGAACAUGGUGUUGAUCAUAGGGCAAAAUUUACGUAAAGAGAGCAUUUAUUGUGUUUUGAAACAUUGUGAAAUGCGAAGUUUAAUCUUAUUUUAUUUUAUUUCCUCUAUUUUCCACAUCAUGGAAAAUUCCAAAUUUGGGAACUUUUAUACAAUUGUGAAAACACUGUAUUUUCAACUGAAAAAAAAAAAUUCCACUUUCUUCAUCUUUGUUUCUUUUUUUAAGCUAAAAAAUGAAGAGGGACUGUUAAAUACUAUGUAUGAUAUCAUGACUGAAAAAGAAUCUUUCCUGAAAUGUCUUUGUAAAAGUAUUAUUGAAUUCUUGAUUUGUAAUUUCUCUUGAAAAUGACCCUGCUCGAAUAAAAGUAGCCAAAUUACAAAAUACCAAA